ACGUUCUAAAUCUCACACACACACACACACACACGCAGAGAGCACCGCCAAUUCUUCCUAUAAAAAAUCGCUUUGAGCAGAAGAAACCAUUUAUAAUUGUGAUGCAUUUUCAAUAUUAAGUAGUUAUAGUACAGGAAAAUUACAGAGCUUUGACUUGGAAAUUGAAAUUGUAGCUCUCUUCCUCUCUCUCCCAUUCCUUACCUCCACAAUGGCGGUGAAUUCCGCCGACGAGUGUCAAGGUACCCAUAGUGUUCUUAUGACAUCUGAUGGAUGCACCAAUAGUCCAAAAUCUGAAUCUGAAAGUGUCUUAGUAGUUCCAAACUUGAUGAAAACUCAGAUGUGCUUGGAUGCCCAUCCAAAAUGCCAAAACUACCCGAGUGUCAAAGUGGAUGUUAUGGACAUUUACGAAUCAUCUAUUCUAGACACUGAUAUUGAGAAAGGAAAGUUGGAGAUACCCCAGUCUAAUGGUGAAGUGGUUGGCGAUUCCAAGCCUGAGGAUUCCUUAAAAUACUUUCAGAGGGCGUUGCAGAGAGAGAUUAACUUUCAUGUUGGAGGAAAGUUCAUGCAACUCUUGAUGAACAAUAAUCUUGAGUUACCCAAGUUCUCUCCAAGAGAUAAAUGCAUGACCGAGAGAGUAUUUGAUACGCCGACCAACAGAUCAAGGAAAUACAAGCGUUCUACCUCAUUUAACUCAAGAAGGGUUGUUUUCCUAUUCUCAAUCUUGUCAAGUGUUGGAACAAUUAUCCUUAUAUAUCUGACACUGAGAGUGAGACAGAUUGGGGAUGCUUCUGCUAAUAUAUGAUUCUGCACUAAGUUCCUGCCAUCCUGUGGCCUGGCCACUGUGAAAAGUUAGCAUGAGAAAUGCAUUUUUCUGAUUUUUUAUUUUUGGUCCUUCUCUUGUUUGGUUUUGAAUGCUCACUCGAGGAGGCUCCUAUUUCAUUGUACAUAAGAUGAAAAUUCGGGUUACAUGUAAUGACUUAUGAAUGGUGUUUUUCAGAAUACAAACAUUCAGUUCAAAUGAGCAUUAGAAUUUCUAUGUU